CCGCGGCAAGGUAACUUCCUCCGUCAAUCCAGGUUCUUUCUGCGCCGCAGUAGUGCGACUACUGAAGCCCAAACGCUGAUUAUUCUAAGAGGGAAGACAACUCCAGAAAAGAUUUCUUCAUUUCUGUUACCUCCCCAAGAUAAACAUCGAGUGAGUUCGCCACUUUUUUCCCCCCCAACUGAGAGACCGAUGGACGGCGAUGUUGGCGUCAUGCAGACUCCAGACUUUGGAAAACAAAUCGGGUAUUGUCGGUGAAUCCUCGGGAGAUGGCAGACUAGUUUGACCUGCGUAUGUUUUCCGAGCUCUCUCAAAUCACUUUGGAAGACUUAAACCCCAGCUUGGUCUACAAUGAUGAUCAGGGCCUUUCUCUUGGUUGUAUUCGCCCUGGUUCUUCCCUGUUCCAGCAUGGAGGGUGAGGGUGAUGUGAGAAAUGAAUGCAUUUGUGAUGCACCGUCUUGCGGCAGUGGAGGACGGUGUUUUGGCCAUCAGUGUUUCACCUCACUGUCAACCAUAAAUGGGACGUCUGACGUUCAGAGGGGCUGCGUCGUGAGUAAUGAAGAUGGGCCUUCGCGCUGUGGAAACGCACCAACUCCCGAACUGGUGGUGGAGUGUUGCUUCGGAGAUUUGUGCAACAUGAACAUCUCCCUGCAGUUUCCAGUAAUAGAUGCUGAGCCGUCUGCGGGCAGGCCGGUCCUCGGAGAGCAGGAGUGCGUGUGCGAGGGCGGCAUGUGCGAGCACGAACGUCGCUGCGCAGGCCAGCAUUGUUUCUCCUCUCUGAAGAUGAUUGACGGGGCAGCCGUCCAACAGAAGGGCUGCCUGAGGGACGACGAGGAGGGCAGAACCACCUGUGCCACUCUCCCCUCGUCGGACCAUGUUGUCAAGUGCUGCCAGGGCCAUCUGUGUAACAUGAACGUCACUGUACAAGCUCCAGGGAAAGAGGAAGAAGUGAAGCCCUUGAUCAAAGAGGAGCACCAGUGCGUUUGCGAGGGCCACUCAUGCGUGACAGGCAGUCGCUGCCUGGGCCACCAGUGUUUCUCAUCUCUGACAGUCAACGCCGGCUCACUGGUGUACCAGAAAGGCUGCUUUAAGGUCUAUGAGCAGAGCACGUUAACCUGCAAGACUCCACCUUCCAGAGACCAGAUCGUCGAGUGUUGCCACGGGCACCUGUGUAACCUGAACAGCACCGUCGAGCUCCCCGUCAAAGCCGAUGAGCUGUCCAGCUACAGUGUGACAACACUGGCUAUUGCCAUUGCGGCGCCCAUCGUUGCUCUCAUCUUCCUCUCCGCCGUGGCCAUCCUCGUGUUCAGGCGAAUUCACAACAACCAAAUGGAGAGACUGACAUCACGAGAUGCUGAAUAUGGGACUAUCGAUGGGCUCAUAGCGUCCAAUGUGGGGGAGAGCACUCUGGCGGAUCUGCUUGAUCAUUCUUGCACCUCAGGAAGUGGCUCUGGACUCCCUUUCCUUGUUCAGAGAACGGUUGCGCGACAAAUCACGCUCAAUGAGUGUGUGGGGAAGGGCCGCUACGGUGAAGUGUGGAGAGGGCAGUGGCAGGGGGAGAGCGUCGCUGUCAAAAUCUUUUCCUCCAGAGAUGAGAAGUCUUGGUUCAGAGAGACUGAAAUCUACAACACCGUCCUGCUGAGACACGAGAACAUCUUGGGCUUCAUCGCAUCAGACAUGACCUCCAGGAACUCCAGCACUCAGCUCUGGCUCAUCACCCACUUCCACGAAAUGGGCUCUUUGUACGAUUAUCUUCAGCUCAGCACCCUAGACGCGUCCACCUGCCUCCGCAUGGCUCUCUCCAUCUCAAGUGGACUCUCACAUUUGCACGUUGAGAUCUUUGGCACCCAAGGCAAGCCCGCCAUCGCCCAUCGGGACCUCAAGAGCAAAAACAUUUUAGUUAAAAAGAACGGACAAUGCUGCAUCGCUGACCUUGGGCUUGCAGUCAUGCAUUUCCAGGACACCAACGAGCUAGAUGUGGGCAACAACCCUAAAGUUGGCACAAAGCGCUACAUGGCCCCCGAAGUCCUCGACGACUCCAUCCAGAUGGACUGCUUUGAAUCCUUCAAGAGAGUGGACAUCUGGGCCCUGGGCCUCGUCCUGUGGGAGAUCGCCCGGAGGACAGUCAGCAACGGCAUUGUGGAAGACUACAAGCCCCCUUUUCAUGACGUGGUUCCAAAUGAUCCCAGCUUUGAAGACAUGAAGAAGGUUGUGUGUGUGGAUCAGCAGAGGCCCAACAUCCCAAACAGAUGGUUUUCAGACCCAACUUUAACCUCCAUGGCUAAACUCAUGAAGGAGUGCUGGUACCAGAACCCGUCGGCCAGACUAACAGCACUGCGCAUCAAAAAGACUCUCACCAAGAUCGACAACUCUCUGGAUAAAAUAAAGACAGACAUUUGAGCCUCGCUCGUGGAGAAGAUGGUCCAUCCUCUGGAUGUCUUGCAGAGACAUCUGAAAAGACUAAAAGACUCUAUGAUGGGUUUAGUGCCCUUAUAGUGGCACGGACCUAUAUUUAUUUUAAAACCCUUGGCGGGACAGAUUUUGGCAUCCAAAGAUGUCUUACUGGGACUUUCUGAGACUGCCAAGUGGUCUUGGAAAUGGGAAAAGUAUCUAUUCGACUUGUGACAUAGGAGCUGGACUGUUAGAAACACUCUUCAAGGAAGAAACUGUUACCCGGGCAUUUGAGUACGGUUGAUUUUAUUUAGAGGCGCAGAUUUUCUUUGACACAUUUUUUUUUUUUCUUUGAAAGACAUCUGAACACAGCGGUUCCACUUAUCACGUUAAUUUCACUGCGUCCAUUGACGUCCCGUUGGAUUCAUCUGAAGCACAGGUCACCUCUCCAGUUGAACCAGCCGGUUAAUGUAACCCGCCUUCCUCAAGCGGCCAUCGCUGCAGGACACGUUGUGUUUUUACUUUGUGUGUUUACAGUGCUGUCAGAGCAAGUUUCAUCUGUUUUUGUAUCAUUGCGUUGUACAGUUACGCCGAUGGCACCGGUCCUUUUCACCAUAUAUCGUCCAACUGAACCUACUCUGUCGCCACCCUUUUUACAUAUCGUCUUGACUUUCACAAAGUACUGUUUUGUUUCUUCAGCUUUACACAGGCGAAUGCUAAAAAGAUCAAGUAAAAUACCUGCUAUAUGAUGCUGAUCUCUGUUCCUCCAGGGGCCGACAAGUCAACCUGUAUUCUGUCUUAACACAUGCAUUGUCAAGUAAAUGAAGUCAAACUUCAGCCUUUUUUUAUUUCUUUAACAUUUUAUAUCAAUUAGUGAUUUAUAUUAAUUAAAUAGAAAACAUAUUG